UGCAAGGCCGCAUCGGCUUCGCUCCCGUGGCCAUCUCGAUGCGUCGAGAGCAACCUUGCGGGGCUAUUCGCGAUCAACAAUGUCCUUGAUCAGCCCUUGGCGGGCUGUCCUGUGUGCUGCGCAGCGAGCAAAACUCCGCCUGUCGCUGCGGCCAACGCCAGGCCCGACCGGGCGGCUUUUUACCGCCAGGAUGACCCCAGCGGCCUUGGGCGGGCCCUGUCUGGCCGAGACGACCCUGGGCCUCCAACCGCCUGCACCGAUCUUUGACUACCGAGCAAGGGGGCAGCUCUCCGGCGAUCACACCGACCGACCAUCGGGCUUCAGCAAUCAAACGGACUGGCCAUCGGUUUCCGGCGAUCAACCAGCAGAGUCCGCAGCAGCCGCCACCAAUCUGCCUCCCUCUUCCGUAAAUCGUAGAAUGACUAGCCGACGAUCAACCGAGCCCGCAGGUGGUGUGUCCGGCCGAGCUUGCCUGGUGUCCCAGCGGUGCUCGUAUUUCAGUCCGCUUUGCAGCGUUGUUGGUCCCAUGGCCCGCUGCGUGCACGCCAGAUUCGCAGAGGCGAGGACGCUGCACAAACCCGUUUCGCAUGCGGCAAUCACUGCAAGGUGCUUCCGAAAAUCUGCACACACUCAGCUUUCGCUGACCGUUUAAUGCGUUAACGCCCCACUGAUCGUCGCCAGGGAUGAGCAGCU